GACGUCACGGGCCGAUUCCCAGGACUUGUGUGCGGGAGUCGGAGGCUGCAGGCAGGGAACAGUCGGGCUGCCCCACUCCGAAACACCUCCACCGGCUCCUCUACAGGCCGAUAGCCCAGCAGCAGAGCCGCACUAAAGCCCCGCCCUCGGGAAGCGCGAUGGAGGACGGUAAGCCGGUGUGGGCGCCGCACGCGGCCGACGGCUUCCAGCUGGGGACCAUCGUGGACAUCGGAGCCGACAGCCUGACCAUAGAGCCACUGAAGGGGGGCAAGACCUUCCUGGCUCCGGUCAACCAGGUGUUCUCGGCGGAGGACGACGUCAACAAACAUGUGGAGGACAACUGUUCCUUGAUGUACUUGAAUGAGGCAACUCUACUGAACAACGUCCGCGUGAGAUACAGCAAGGACAAAAUCUACACGUUCGUGGCCAACAUCCUGAUCGCGGUGAACCCGUACGUGGACAUCCCCAAGCUGUACUCGGCCGACUCCAUGAAGAAGUACCUGGGCCGGUCGCUAGGCACCCUGCCUCCUCACGUGUACGCCAUCGCUGACAAGGCGUACCGGGACAUGAAGGUGCUGAAGAUGAGUCAGUCGAUCAUCGUCUCCGGAGAGUCUGGCGCCGGGAAGACGGAGAACACCAAGUUCGUGCUCAGGUACCUGACCUCCUCCUACGGCACGGGGCAGGACAUCGACGAGAGGAUCGUAGAAGCCAACCCCCUGCUGGAGGCCUUCGGGAAUGCCAAGACGGUCCGCAACAACAACAGCAGCCGCUUCGGGAAGUUUGUGGAGAUCCACUUCAACGAGAAGAACACGGUGGUGGGCGGCUUCGUGUCCCACUACCUCCUGGAGAAGUCCAGGAUCUGCCGGCAGAGCUCGGAGGAGAGGAACUACCACAUCUUCUACCGGCUCUGCGCCGGGGCGUCGGAAGACAUCCGCCAGAAGUACCACCUGACCUCCCCAGACUCCUUCAGGUACCUGAACCGAGGAUGCACGCGGUUCUUCUCCAACAAGGACACCGACAAACAGAUCCCGCAGAACCGCAAGAGUGCUGAGGUGAGUUCACCAACAGUCCCGCACCCCCGACGACAGAAGGUCCCCAUGGCAACACUUCCGGGAGCAUCUGGUCUAAUAAACGAAAACCCGCUCCCGUUCCGCCGUCGGCUCCCGCCCUGGGCCGCUGGCUCCCCGUUCUACAGGAACGGGGAAUCGGGAUCAUUAAAAGUAACAAACCUGGUGGAGGCCCGCCUCCACCAGACCUGGUGGAGGCCCGCCUCCACCAGGUCUGAUGAUCUAACCCCCCCCCCCCCCGGUCCAGACCUGGUGGAGGCCCGCCUCCUGGGCAUCCUGGACAUCCUGGACGAGGAGAACCGCCUCCCCCAGCCCAGCGACCAGCACUUCACCGACACGGUGCACAGCAAGCACAAGAACCACUUCAGGCUCACGGUGGAUCCCAGGAAGUCCAAGCUGUCGGUCCACAGGAACGUCCGCGACGACGAGGGCUUCAUCGUGCGCCACUUCGCCGGAGCCGUGUGCUACGAGACGACCAAGUUCGUGGAGAAGAACAACGACGCUCUGCACAUGUCCCUGGAGACGCUGGUCAGCGAGUCGGGCGACGCCUUCGUGAGGCAGCUGUUUGAGGCACCGCUCAACGGAAAGGACGCCAAGCUGAAGGCCGGCAAGCUGGGCUUCAUCAGUGUGGGCAACAAGUUCAAGACCCAGCUCAACGUUCUGCUGGAGAAACUACGCAGCACGGGCUCCAGUUUCAUCCGCUGCAUCAAGCCCAACCUGAAGAUGAUCAGCCACCACUUUGAAGGAGCGCAGAUCCUGUCCCAGCUGCAGUGCUCUGGCAUGGUGUCGGUGCUGGACCUGAUGCAGGGCGGGUUCCCGUCCCGCGCUCCGUUCCAUGAGCUCUACAACAUGUACCAGCAGUACAUGCCCCCCAAGCUUACCCGGCUGGACCCACGGCUCUUCUGCAAGGCUCUAUUCAAGGCGCUGGGACUGAAUGAGAACGACUACAAGUUCGGUCUGACCAGAGUGUUCUUUCGGCCGGGAAAGUUCUCGGAGUUCGACCAGAUCAUGCGGUCGGACCCGGACCACCUGGCGGAGCUGGUGAAGAAGGUGUACAAGUGGCUGAUGCACAGCCGCUGGAAGAAGGUCCAGUGGGGCGCGCUGUCCGUCAUCAAACUGAAGAACAAGAUGGUAUACCGGGCCAAGGCCUGCAUCAUCAUGCAGAAGACGAUCCGUAUGUGGCUAUGCCGGAGGAAACACAAACCACGCAUCGACGGUCUGGUGAAGGUGCGCAGCCUGAAGACCAGGAUGUCUCGCUUCACGGAGGUGGUGGGCGGGCUGAAGGAGGGCCAGCAGGAGAUGAGCCGGCAGGUCCUGGAGCUGGAGGCCUCCAUCGACCUGCUGAUGGCCAAGAUCAAGAGCACCAUGAUGUCCCGCCUGGACAUCGACCACGAGCACCAGGCCCUGGUGGGGCGCUCGGAGAAGCUGCUGACCGCCAUGCAGAACAAGAAGAAGGAGGAGGAGGAGCGCGAGCGGCUGAAGCGCAUCCAGGAGGACAUGGACCGCGAGCGGCAGCGGAGGGAUGAGGAGGAACAGCGCCGCCGGCAGGACGACGACGACCGCCGACUUGUGUCUGCAGACAUUGAGCUGCUGGCCGCCUGCAGGGAGGAGUUCCACCGGCGCCUGAAGGUCUACCACGCCUGGAAGUCCAAGAACAAGAAGCGUAACACGGACGGACCCGACCUGCGCGCCCCCAAGUCCAUCACCGACUACGGUCGCAUCACGCCAGCCAAGGCAGCAUCCCAGGCCAACCCGGCCCCGCCCCUCCCGGUGCGGCAGCAGGAGGUGGCCAUGAACCGGCAGCAGCGGUACUUCCGCAUCCCGUUCGUCCGGCCGGGGGACCAGUACAAAGACCCCCAGGGCAAGAAGAAGGGCUGGUGGUACGCCCACUUCGACGGGCCCUGGAUCGCACGCCAGAUGGAGCUGCACCCAGACAAGCAGCCCAUCCUGCUGGUGGCUGGGAAGGACGACAUGGAGAUGUGCGAGCUGAGCCUGGAGGAGACGGGGCUGACCCGGAAGCGCGGCGCGGAGAUCCUGGCGCGGCAGUACGAGGAGAUCUGGGAGCGCUGCGGUGGCGUGCAGUACCUCCGCAGCGCCAUCGAGAGCAAGCAGGCGCGCCCCACCUACGCCACCGCCAUGCUGCAGAGCCUGCUCAAGUGAGGCGGGGCUCGGGGGGGGGAUGGGGGCGGCGUUGCCACGGAGACCACAAAGGGAGAGGGGGACGGACUUGGCGGGGGCUGGGGGGAUGGCGUUCCUGAUAAGGGUCAUGUGGCCCACGGUGUGUCCGGUCCGUUGAGGUGGGGGGGGUUCCUGUUUGUGUCGGGCCGGGGGGGGGGGGGGGGAUUUUGGUCCGAGAACCAAGAAAACAACGACGGAGCGAUUAGAGCUGAUUCACGCUGAACGAUCACAAGCUCAGCCGUUUUUUGUAAAGGAAUUAUAAUUUCUCUAACGUUUCUAACGCCUUAAACAGACAGAAACGACCACCUUAAGCCGCGCCUCGACGCUCUGGUAGGACUGUUCCAAUGCUGCCUCCCCAAAAAAAAAUACAGAAUGAAGAUUUAGCAUUUUACUUUUUAAUUAAGUUCGUUUUUUUUUUUCUUUGUGCAUAAUUAUGCAAUUCCAUGUACACUGAGCGUCUAACUGGUCUUAGCGGUGUCUUACUGGUCUGAUGGUGUCGCCGGCCCUCUGUGAUUCUGUCUCUACUUCCAACCUGCUGUUUACAUGCUUGUACGUGUGUAUCUGCAUGCAUGUGCGUGUGUAUGUGCGUGCGCAUGUGUGGUUGCGUGCGUGCGUGCGUUCAUGUGUGUGCGUGCAUGUGCGUGCGUGCGUGUGUGCGUGCGUGUGCGUGCGUGUAGGUCCUACAGGGCAGCCCUUGCACAAGGAGAAAUCAGGUCUUGUUCGUAUCGGGGAGUUCUGCAUCACUGUUAGGUUGGACCCCAUCGCCCGCCACUCCACUCUGUUUACUUACUGAUCUAACAAAGUUUAUAUUUGUAACCUUUCUGUCUUCCCCGAGCGAUUGUUGUUCUGGAGAAUCUUACUUUGUGCUCUUUCCUGUUUGGGUUUCUUCGUCUUAAUGUUGAUGUGAUUAAAAACUAAAAUGGGAGGGGCUACGUGACGGACGGACGACCCGCGACCCAAAGACAAGAGGCUCCGCCUCCAAUCCAACGCCAUGAUUAGGGUUUCAAAAUCAAUUCUGUGUUUGCCUGAGAUUAAAGUGUUCAUAGAAACGCACGCCAACAUAAUGUGGACUGUUGGGUUUAUCGAUGUCUCCGUUAGAGGAGACUUGCUACGGCCGUAUCGAGGACGGCUUUGUUCCUAAAACACGUUCCACACUUCCCAACAUUCUUUGUCCACUUCCAAAUCAAUCCCUUGAUUUUUCCUCAUCUCCCUGUCCUCGGGGAGAUGCUAUUGGCUAGACGUGUGGUGUUCGUGUGGUGUUCCUUUAACCACCCAGAUUGUACCGUUAUGCAGACUGGCUCAUGUUGCCAUGUCAACAGUGGGUCCACCAUACGUGGGCAGAUGUGUUGCUGGGCCUGACCUUGUCCACUGCUUCACCGGGAACACCUGGGCUCACCUGAGCUCAUCCUCCACGGCAAGGAGGAGGUGGAGAGAGCGAGGCAGGAGCGACCCGACACUGGAACGGCUGUUUAUUUGUGUUAGGACACUUUGAGAGCCAAGGGUGUGGGAGGAACACGACAGAGGAACACACAGCAAUAACCCCGCCCCCGGGCGACGUAGGGCCGGGCGUAGAACGUAGAGCAGGAUGUAGAACAGAACGUAGAGCUGGGCGUGGAACAGAACAUAGAACAGGACGCAGAGCAGAACUUCAAACGCAGAAGAGAAGGUGGAACAGGCGAUGCACCCUGAGCAUGCUCCCCGUGUCGUCCCCGUGUCGUCCCCGGGGGUCCCACUAGGGGACGUCUCGCGCCCCGCCCGCUCUCAGCAGUCGCCCCGGCCCUCGCUUGCAUGACAUUCUCCUCGAGGCAGAGUGACACCCGGGUGCCACACACACACCCCCACCUUGUGUUACAUGCGGCCCGUCCCGGUACAUGCGGCCCGUCCCGGUACAUGCGGCCUGUCCCGGUACAUGCGGCCUGUCCCGGUACAUGCGGCCCGUCCCGGUACAUGCGGUCUGUCCCGGUACAUGCGGCCCGUCCCGGUAUAUGCGGUCUGUCGUGCUCCUCCACAUCCAUUACAAUCAUUCCCAGUAGCACUGCCUUUUUUCCACAUGUGGGGUUUUCUAACGCUGAUCUCUAACUGAUGAAUAAAAAACGCAAUCCAUCUUUCA